GCCCUCGCGCACUGAAAGAAGUCUCCAUCGAAGCAAGAUGGCUUCACAGGGGCGAGAUCUGCGAAGGUUUAUGGAAUUUGGACGAAAAAUAAUCGGAGUGGGUAAAAACUACAGGCCCCAUGGAUCUCCACCACAACCACCUCCUGCUCAAGACCCUUUAAUUUUUCUGAAACCUCCAUCAACAUAUCUGAGCCCUGGGGGAAAUAUUAAGAUUCCUGUGGGUCGUGAUCAGAUUUACCAUGAGGUGGAACUUGGUGUUGUGAUUGGUAAAACAGGUGUGUCCAUUUCAGAGUCACAGGCCAUGGAUCAUGUUGGUGGAUACAUUCUGGCUUUAGACAUGACUGAUCUGGAUCUUAUUCUUGAAAAAGUAAGCUAGCAAAGUGAUCAGUUUUGGGGGCUAGAGGCUCUCUGAUCC